UCUCCUGUUCGUUCGUCCGUAAAUAAGCCGAUUGCACAGAGUUCCCAUUCCUCCGUCGGAAAGAUAUCGGUGGAAAAUUGUUCAAAGUACAUACAGCCAGCGAAGAAAAGCACUGUGCGAAAAGAAAAACUGCGCGCGCGUUCGGUGUGUCCGGGUGCAUAUCUAUAAAAACUUCAAAGGAUUUGUAGUUUUUUUUUUCCCCGAGCAAUAGUUGAUGCGGUUUGAGAGAAUUAUUUAUUUUUUCUUUGCUUCUGCAAAGGGUGAAUAAAACCGGGACAUCCACAAUCCCAAACGAGUCCAAUCAGAGCAAACGGGGGAGGUAUUAUAAGGGACUGAGAUGUUGUGCCCUCGUCAGCUGUGAAAAAUCAUGCCUUUGUUUUAAUUAAAACAAGUGAACAGAACGCGGAGAAGGAUUUGCUGGUGCCCGCUCCACAAGCGGAAGGAAAAUGAAUCAAAAGUUUAAAUAAUGGUGUAUGGUGGACAGAGAGUAAAAAAGGUCGGUGAAACGAAAUAACUGUUUGAAUAAAUACUGAAGAUAAGAGAAGGAGCGAAAAAUAAGCGAUUCAUAGACACCACUAACUAAAAGUGAUAGAAGCGAACGAGAAGAAUUAUUCCGGACCGCAACUCAGCAAGGAAGCAAUGAAAAAUGGAGCAAUUUGAACAACUUUUAACGUGUUGCGUGUGUCUCGAUAGAUACCGCAACCCGAAGCUAUUACCAUGUCAGCACUCGUUCUGCAUGGAGCCGUGCAUGGACGGCCUCAUCGACUACGUGAAGCGACAGGUAAAAUGUCCCGAGUGCCGUGCGGAGCACCGCAUCCCCUACCAGGGGGUGCAGGGCUUCCCGACAAACGUUACCCUGCAGCGCUUUCUGGAGCUGCACAUCGAAAUCACAGGCGAGCUGCCCGAUCCGACGUCCGGUCAAACCAUGGAACGUUGCAACGUGUGCUCGGAGAAGGCUUACUGUGCGCUGUGCGUUCACUGCGACAAGAAGAUCUGUCCGGACUGCAAGGGCGCCCACAUGGACAUCCUCCGACGGGAGAUCAAUCGUAUCAAUAACCAGAUCCGACGUGGUCUCCACCGGCUGAAAGAGGUGCUCGCGGUGGUGGAAAAGAACACGCAAAACCUGCAGAACAACUGUGGCAGUGUGUCGGAGGAGAUCGACGAGAUCUACCGUCGGUGUCAGAAGGCACUCAAAGAUCGCACGGAUUUUCUGCGCAGCGAGAUGGACAAGUACCUGUCGACGGAGCUAAAAAAUGUAGUCACAAUGAAGGAAAACCUGGAGCUGGAGAUCCAAAACAUCCAGAGCAAUUCGGAUCUGGCCGAGAAGUUUAUGAGCGAAAGUUCGGUGGAGUGGGAUGACUGCGAGCUGAUGGACACGAAGGAGAUCUUUCUGCGAACGGUGGACUUCAUUCGGAACUUUGACUGUGAAACGACGGACUACAGCAGGAAGGUGCGGUUUAUUAUGAACAUCGAUCCGAACAAGUUGAUAAUGGAAGUGUCGUCUUACGGGGACCUGAAACUUCCAACCGAUCCGGUCGGCACGAGCCAAAGCCAGAGCGCAUUGCUGCAGCCUCCUUCUGGGCCGGGAUUGAUGCGAUCCAAGAGUGAUCACCGAUUGGCCGCACAAUUCCGCCAGCAGGAAGCUCAAGGAUGGAAUCCGGAUGAGGAACCUCUGCUCGGCGGGCGUAAGUUCGGCGAACGGCCGGUCAAGCCUCCGCAAGAGAAAGAGAGGUACGGCAAUGAGUCUAGAUAUGGUCGUGGAAACGAUUAUGAUUAUGACGAUGAACCGUCGAAUAGGUCAGCGAAGGGACGAUUCCGGUCACGGUUCGCCCGAAAUCAUCAGUUGGACAAUGACUCCGACAACGAAUCCAAGCAGGUUCGUUUCAAUGAGAAGGAUGACAAGUCCAACCGGGUGACGAGCACGGAAGACGUCGCCAAAGGUCCGCUGAGUGGAAUCUUCCGCUUGAUGGACUCGCCGCGGGUAAUGAAGCGUCUUCAAGAUUCCGAGAAGGGCAAGGUUAAGAAGGCUGCACCGGCAGUAACUCCAGCGAUGCCGAAGCCUUCACCGCUCGCCGUCAAACCGAAAGUAGCCACAUCAAGACAACUUUCCGAAGACGAUGAGAUUGCGAAGAUCAAACGACAGAAUAAGGGCGCAUCUACGAGCUCGACAGUGACGCCAGCGUCGCCAGUCGCUACGGAACCUGAACGACCUGCUGCCGAAAGAGUUUCAGCGUUGAAGGGUCGGGUCACUGCAGCAGCAGCAGCAUCCGCUAGCGACGACAGUGACUCCACACCUUCCUCACCGACGCGGCGAACUCCUGCGAAUGUCGAGGCCGACAGUGAUCAGGACGAAUCGGAACGUACGAGUCGUUCCCGUCAGUCCACAAAGUCCGCAACACCGGCUCCCCAGAAGCAGCCUGUGCGUUCCGCCAGUAGCGAGUCGACUUCCAGCGAAUCAUCCGGUGCCUCUCCAAUGCCAACCCCAACGCGAGCGGAAGAACCUAAGCCGAAGGGAUCGAUCCUGAAAAAUGCCGAACCCGCUCGUACCAAUGCUUCGCCAGCCACACCCUCGAGCGCCCCCGCGGAGAAGAAACCCUUCCAAAGUCGCUUCCUGCCGCAAACUCAACCACAGCAGCCAGAGAAGAAGGAAGAGUCCGAGAGUAGUAGCGAGGAGGAAACCUCCUCGGAGGAAGAAUCCGAAGAAGAGGAAGAGGAGGAAGAGAAGCCAACGCCAAAACCAACUCCAGCACCUAUUCCAACUUCCCCGCGUGUGGAACAACCCAGUUCACCGCUUCUCAGUCGAGUUCAAGCUCGUGAGGCUGCCGUAGCUGAUGCAAGGAAAACUUCCCGCGACGAACCUCGUUCCAGUGGGUACUCUAGCCCCACCAGCUACCGCAGCAACUACGAACGGGACGAAAGUCCCAAAUAUGGUUCCGCUUCGUCUUCCACCCUUCGCUCGCGAACCGCAGCCCACGUGGAACCCGAAGAGAACAAAUACGGCAGCUCCGGAUAUACCAGUCGUUUUCUUAACAAAAGCAAGAGCACCGCUGUGGUUGCCCCCGAAGACGAAGGUGAUGAUUCCGACAGCCGUCUGGGGAGCAAUCGCAGUCGCUUCACGGCCCUGCAGGACCGCCGGAAUCGAUUAGCCAGAAGUCGAUCAUCGCACAACUUCGGCAACGAUGAUGAAGAUGAUGAACCAGUGUCUCCGACUACUUCAUCGCCCUCGGCGUAUCUCGCUUCGAGAUACGGUGCCGGAUCAUCGCUCGCUUCGCAACCCGCCGACCUGUCGCGCAGCCGUUCAACGCACGCGUUGAAAUCACGCGAACCGUCGCCGGAUCGCAGCACCGGUACCGACAAGGAUGGUGCCGCCCUCAGCUCGUGGGCCCGCUAUCUAAAAAACAAGUACGGCAAUCGGAACGCCAAGGACAGCAAAGACACACCUUCGUCCACCUUGUCUGCUACCUCCUCGUCGCUUUCCUCGCCGUCCACCUCUGCGUCAUCGUCGUCCGCAGCCGCUCGACGACUGAGCCUUGGCCUCCCGCUGCGCCAAACCGACAUCCUCAGCUCCGAUGACGAUUCAAAAAACGGGGUAGGCUCCCCUACCUCUCCUACGGCGGCAGUAGUCGGUAUACCAGGGGCAGCAGGUAUGUCCCCUAGGACGCAGUAUCUGCAGAAGCGCCGACAACUGUUCCAGAUAGGAGGUCGGGGGAGCGAACCAGGUUCCUUCACGUGGCCCCGCGGCAUCGCCGUGGGACCCGACAACAGCAUCGUGGUAGCGGACUCUUCCAACCAUCGCGUACAGGUCUUCGACUCGAACGGUAUCUUCGUGAAGGAGUUCGGCCAGUACGGCAACGGGGACGGAGAGUUUGACUGCCUGGCUGGGGUAGCCGUCAACCGGAUCGGCCAGUUCAUCAUCGCCGAUCGAUACAACCAUCGCAUCCAAGUCCUGGAUCCGUCCGGACGCUUCCUGCGUUCGUUCGGUUCCCAGGGUACGGCUGACGGCAAGUUUAACUAUCCAUGGGGUAUCACUACCGAUGCGUUAGGCUUUAUCUACGUUUGUGAUAAGGAAAAUCAUCGAAUUCAGGUAUUCCAAUCGGAUGGCACAUUUAUCGGUAAAUUUGGCUCUGGUGGCAAGGAGGAAGGACAACUAGAGCAUCCGCAUUACAUCGCCGUGUCCAACACGAACCGUGUGAUUGUUUCGGACUCCAACAACCACCGUAUUCAGAUCUUCGAUGUCAACGGUCGGGUGUUGACCGCCUUCGGCGGUGAAGGCUCCGACGAGGGUCAGUUCAAAUUUCCAAGAGGCGUGGCGGUUGACGACCAGGGUUACAUCUGUGUGGCCGAUUCGGGAAACAACCGGAUCCAGAUCUUCCACCCGGAUGGCAGCUUCCUGCGUGCCUUCGGAUCGUGGGGCUCGGGCGACGCCGAAUUCAAGGGUCUCGAAGGAGUGGCCAUCAUGUCCAACGGCAACAUUCUGGUGUGCGAUCGGGAGAACCAUCGGGUGCAGGUGUUCUAGAUGGUCGGUAACAUUUUUUGCCACUUAUGCACGGACGAGUUUACACAACUAAUCGCUAAUUGCAGACCGAGUAACGAGUCACGUUUUGCCUACGCUGAAUAACCCAAGUUCCAAUCAGAGAAACAAAGAAAAUUUCCAUCCCUCCCACACGCACACACAUACACACAUCGUUCGAGCUACUACAUCAAGGAUGGUAAUCAAACUAUGCGCUCUUCAAUUUCAUUUUUUUUGCGACCCACCAAAGUGAGAGGAAUACCAAUUUUAGCAUCAGUUGUUCAAAGUGGUCCAUCUUCCCUAUUUUCAGCCCCACACACUCCCUCUCUCUCGUUUCUUUCCGAUUUCGCUCUCCAGUUUUCCCCCCAGUGUCAACAAACCCAACACAAUUUCCCACUAACUUUCGAAUGGGGCAGCAUGAUCCGACCCCUGACGGCGGGUGGAUUCGAUAUGCUGCACAGAAUAAGAAUAAAAAAAAUAUGUUUUUGACCAUUUUCCCGUGACAACUUCAAUGAAUAGUUCGUCGUAAUGUUUGCAUCAGAAUGAUACUAAAAUGAUUCAUUGAAAAAGAAACGAUACAAAUACCAAAUCAUCCCUUCAAAAAAUACGAUAUGUGUAGGUAGCCGAAGCAAAUCAAUUGCAAGUGAAAUACUUUGUCACCAAAUAAGCAAAACUAGUGUAAUAGUAAAGUUUUUUUUGAGUUUGUUGUGUUUGAACAGCUGAGAA